ACUGGGGUGUGCGCAGCGCCUGGAGCAUGAGCCGGGUGGUGGCCUGCACGGAGGACCGCGGGAGGCUGCCGCCUCAGGACACCUCACUCACACAGAACAGAGUGUUCUGAACAUCAACACAAAGUGGAAGAACCUUAAGCUGAACGUACAGUAUAUUAUUUACACUGAAGGGGCUUGUGUGUGGACAAGAAAGCGCUGACAGCUCAAAUGGAUCCCAUGGAACUGAGAAAUGUCAACAUCGAACCAGAUGAUGAGAGCAGCAGCGGAGACAGUGUUCCAGAUAGCUACAUCGGGAUAGGAAAUUCAGAAAAGGCAGCAAUGAGCAGUCAAUUUGCUAACGAAGACGCUGAAAGUCAGAAAUUCCUGACAAAUGGAUUUUUGGGGAAAAAGAAGCUGGCAGAUUAUGGUGAUGAACAUCAUCCUGGAACCACUUCCUUUGGAAUGUCUUCAUUCAACCUAAGUAAUGCCAUCAUGGGCAGUGGGAUCCUGGGCUUGUCCUAUGCCAUGGCCAACACAGGGAUCAUACUUUUUAUAAUCAUGCUGCUUGCUGUGGCAAUAUUAUCAUUGUAUUCAGUUCACCUUUUAUUAAAAACAGCAAAGGAAGGAGGGUCUUUGAUUUAUGAAAAAUUAGGAGAAAAGGCAUUUGGAUGGCCGGGAAAAAUUGGAGCUUUUGUUUCCAUUACAAUGCAGAACAUUGGAGCAAUGUCAAGCUACCUCUUUAUCAUUAAAUAUGAACUACCUGAAGUAAUCAGAGCAUUCAUGGGACUUGAAGAAAAUACUGGAGAAUGGUACCUCAAUGGCAACUACCUCAUCAUAUUUGUAUCUGUUGGAAUUAUUCUUCCACUUUCACUCCUUAAAAAUUUAGGUUAUCUUGGCUAUACCAGUGGAUUUUCUCUUACCUGCAUGGUGUUUUUUGUUAGUGUGGUGAUUUACAAGAAAUUCCAAAUACCCUGCCCUCUACCUGUUUUGGAUCACAGUGUUGGAAAUCUGUCAUUCAACAACACGCUUCCAAUGCAUGUAGUAAUGUUACCCAACAACUCUGAGAGUUCUGAUGUGAACUUCAUGAUGGAUUACACCCACCGCAAUCCUGUGGGGCUGGAUGAGAAUCAGGCCAAGGGCUCUCUUCAUGACAGUGGAGUAGAGUAUGAAGCUCAUAGUGAUGACAAGUGUCAACCUAAAUACUUUGUAUUCAACUCCCGGACGGCCUAUGCAAUUCCUAUCCUAGUAUUUGCUUUUGUAUGCCACCCUGAGGUCCUUCCCAUCUACAGUGAACUUAAAGAUCGGUCCCAGAGAAAAAUGCAAACAGUGUCAAAUAUUUCCAUCACGGGGAUGCUUGUCAUGUACCUGCUUGCUGCCCUCUUUGGUUACCUAACCUUCUAUGGAGAAGCUGAAGAUGAAUUACUUCAUGCCUACAGCAAAGUGUAUACAUUCGACAUCCCUCUCCUCAUGGUUCGCCUGGCAGUCCUUGUGGCAGUAACACUAACUGUGCCCAUUGUCCUGUUCCCAAUUCGUACAUCAGUGACCACACUGUUAUUUCCCAAAAGACCCUUCAGCUGGAUACGACAUUUCCUAAUUGCAGCCGUGCUUAUUGCACUUAAUAAUGUUCUGGUCAUCCUUGUACCAACUAUAAAAUACAUCUUCGGAUUCAUUGGGGCUUCUUCUGCCACUAUGCUGAUUUUUAUUCUUCCAGCAGUUUUUUAUCUUAAACUUGUCAAGAAAGAACCUUUUAGGUCACCCCAAAAGGUCGGGGCUUUAAUUUUCCUUGUGGUUGGAAUCAUCUUCAUGAUUGGAAGCAUGGCACUCAUUAUAAUGGACUGGAUUUAUGAUCCUCCAAAUUCCAAGCAUCACUAACACAGGGAAAAAUACUUUCUUUUUCUAUUGGAAAUGGUUGCAAGUUAUACUCCAAAAGACAUUUGAAUUAUCUUGAUUGGAAUGUUAUUCAUAGGAAAUAACAGGAAGAUUCCAAAGACGUUUACCAGUAAUAUCACUAGGCACCUGCAGAAGAGGAAAAUCACUGAUUUUGUCAAGGAAGGUUGUGUGAGUGUUUAAAAGAAAACCUGUGGUGCACAUUUCUACCCAGGUCUUACUAGAGCAGUGUGAGAUGAUGAAGGUGUAUUUUUGCUGCUUUAUGGGCAGAAUAAGGGUAACUGCAUGUAACAGUCAUCAGAUAGUACUCUUUCCCCUGCUGUCUCCUCCCCCUGCACCCCCUAAAAGAGUACCAAAUAUUUGUAUUCUCAGAACAUCAAACAAAAAUGUUCUGGUGGCAAAGCUAUCACCAUUUAAUGCCUUCUCUCAGUCUUGUACCAAACUCUCUGGUCUGUUUACUAACAGAGGCAAAAGGCAUGUCUUAGGAACUGUUUCUGUAAGGUACAUGAAUGGUCAGACACCAGUCUAGAGCAUCUUACUGUCAACAGCAAAAUGUUAUUUUGCCCACCCUGUUUGUGACAUUGAGUUAGUGACUUCUAUAUUCAAUAGAUUUUUUUUUUGUAAACAUUAAAACAUCUAUAUUUAAAUGUUAAAACACUAAAUAUAGAGA